CUUCGUAGCUUUGCUCUAUGUUUUGUACAAGUAUUGGUGGGUACCUCAUCGUGUACAGUUCAUCAUGAAUUCACAGGGGAUCAGAGGACCUCCUUACGAAUUUAUCCAUGGAAACAACAAAGAAGCUCUCCAAAUGCAGAAGGAAGCAUCUAGCAAACCUAUGGCCUUGACACACGAUAUAUUUCCCAGAGUAAUGCCUUAUGAUUACUCCUGCAUCAAGAAAUACGGGAAGAAUUAUCUUAGUUGGAAUGGAGUUCGAGCUCAACUGGUAAUAACAGACCCAGAACUGGUGAAAGAGGUGCUGAAAAACAGUGAAAAAGCUUUUUCAAAGCCAAAGCCUCUAUAUUUCUUUAAGAAGCUACUAGGUGACACCAUUCCUACAAUUAAUAGUGAGAAAUGGGCAAGGCAUAGGAAAUUGGCCAAUCAUGCCUUCCAUGGGGAGAGCUUAAAAAAUAUGAUUCCAGCAAUGAUUGCUAGCGUUGGAACGAUGCUUGAGAAAUGGAAAGAUAAGGAAGGUAAAGAGAUGGAAGUGUUCCAAGAGUUCAGAUUCUUGACUUCAGAAGUGAUAUCCAGAACAGCCUUUGGUAGCAGUUACUUGGAAGGAGAGAAGAUUUUUGACAUGUUGACGAAGUUGACCCUAAUUAUAGGCAGAAAUUUUUAUAAAGCAAACAUUCCCAUCAUCGGGUAACUUCAUCUAAUCCUUCACUAAUUUAAAACGUGUUUUUCUUAAUAAUUUGUUAAUUUUUAAUAUUUUUCAUUUUUGUCAAAAAUUAUAAUAAUUUUGUUAAGUUGUAUGAUAUUUAAAUAAUUUAAUAUAAUAAAAUAUAAAAUAA